AUGAUCAACGGCGCAGAAGUAGGCCGCGAGGCUUUUCUUCUCGGAGCCACCACAGCGAUCGGUGGCUUGCUCUUUGGGUACGACACCGGCCAGAUCUCCGGUUUGCUCUUGUUCGAAGAGUUCGAGCAGCGCUUCGCCACUACCGAGCCCGACGGAAGCUAUAAUUGGAGACCUCUUUUAAAGUCGCUCCUCGUCUCCCUCAUGAGCAUCGGCUGCUUGAUUGGUGCACUUUCUGGCGCGUACACUGCAGAUUGGUGGGGACGACGUCGAAGCCUGUCGUUUGGUGUGGCUGUAUUUAUCGCUGGCGAUGUUAUUCAGAUCACCGCCGUGUCCAGCUGGAUUCAUAUGAUGAUGGGGCGCUUCGUCGCUGGCUUGGGCAUCGGUAGUUUGUCUGUUGGCGUCCCCAUGUUCCAAUCAGAGUCAUCUCCACGUGAAAUUCGAGGCGCAGUUGUUGCUUCGUAUCAACUCAUGAUCACGAUUGGCAUUCUCAGCGCGAAUAUAUUGAAUUACAGCGUCCGAGCCUUUGAGCAGCGGGACUGGGCAUGGCGGAUCGUCAUCGGGGUGGCCAUCCUACUGUCUCUGCCUCUCGGUAUUGGGGUCAUGUGCGUGCCGGAAUCUCCUCGCUGGUUGGCUUCUCGUGGUGACUGGGAAGCCGGCAACGGAUCUUGGUUGGAGUGCUUCUGCGUGUCAACAAGUACCCCCAAGGUUCUGUACAGAACACUACUCGGCAUUGGCAUCCAUUUCCUGCAGCAGUGGUCAGGCAUCAACUUCUUCUUUUACUACGGCGCUACUGUCUUCCAAUCUACUGGUGUUGAAGACCCUAUUCUCACGCAACUUAUUCUCGGAUCCGUCAAUGUGGCUAUGACCUUUUUUGGCCUCUACGUUGUUGAGAGAUUCGGGCGUCGCUGGCCCCUGUUUCUUGGUGGCCUUUGGCAAGCCGGCUGGCUCCUCGUCUUUGCUACUGUUGGUACAAUGAACGCACCAGAAACACAUCCCCAGACCGGGAUCAUUAUGAUAGUGUGUGCUUGCAUGUUUAUUGCCUCGUUUGCCGCCACAUGGGGACCGAUGGCGUGGGUCGUUAUUGGCGAAACGUUCCCCCUUCGCACACGUGCAAAGCAGGCGGCUCUGGCCACCGCGGGAAAUUGGCUUGGGAACUUCAUGAUCGGCUUCCUGACACCCAUUGCAACCAGUGGAAUCGGGUAUGCCUUUGGCUUCGUCUUUGUGGGCACCAACUUGGUGGCGGCCCUGCUGGUGUAUUUCUUCUUGUAUGAGUCCCGGAUGCUGAGUCUGGAGCACGUGGAUCUCAUGUAUGGCGAAAAGCUCAACGCUUGGAAUAGCUCGAAAUGGGUGCCGCCCGGCUAUAUCACCAGAGAGCAGCGUGCGGUGGAAAAAUAG